CUUACGGCUAACGGGCUAAGUGCGCGUAGAUUGCGGAGCACUUGGGUAUUGUAGUGCAUUCUGCAAAGAGUUGUAAUGUUCUAUACUUCUGUAAUAGAGAGCGGUUUGAUAGAAUAUCAGUUUAUUGUGUGCAUAUUAUUUCUUCACUGGAUAGAAACCUAAUAUACGAGGAUUUCUACAUUUCUUAUUCAGCUAUGGUCAGAAGGUCUAGAAAGGUUCUUAGUUUUGUGCUUUGUAUUGCUUGAGCAAAGAACGCAUGAGAAAAAAAGAGAUUAAUUAUUUGGUGAUAUCUUAUAUAAGACUCGUCAACAAAGAUUACAUCAGGACUCGUGGAAAUGAUGGCUUUACUCUGGCCUGCCUUUGCUAAGUUUCAUUUGCCAGCUUAUAGGUACUUGCUGCAUUGUUCCCGUAUGGUGACUGUCAUCUUAGCACCCUACCACCCAAGACAGCAAAUGUGUGGAUUUUAUAUACAUGAUACAAGAUCAUUGUACCUGGACAGACCUACAGACCCACAGAAAAAGAAAAAUUCAGUUGAACACAGUCAGGAAGACAGGACUGCUGAUGACCUGUUACUGGAUCUUCAGCAUCAGAUUGCCCAACAGACAAGGUGUGUAGUGGAUAGUCAUAGGCUGGAGCAAGUCAUUAAGCCACUUCUGGACAUGGGUUUUGACCAGAACCAAGUGAAGCUUUUGUUUGAACUAAACCCAAGACUGGAAUCUUCCUUGCCACAAAGCCUAGAGGUACCAAGGUCUCUCUUAUUUUUGGGUCUGAAUGCCAACAGUGUUGUAAAAAUUCUUGUCAAGUGUCCUAAACUAUUCAAAGUGAAGGAGAAAGAACUGCAACCUCGUGUUGAUAACCUGCGAAGGCUUGGAUUAGUGGAAGGCAGUCUGCAGCGACUGGUAGCAUACUAUCCACAGAUUUUGUGCCUCCCCCUGAAAAGGGUUAACAACACUGCACGUUUCUUGAAGGACAGGUGCCUCUUCACAGGACAGGAAGUCACAGAGAUCAUGCGGACUGCACCCAAUGUGCUAUUUGAAGACCAUGGAGAAAUUGAAUACAAAUUUCAACAUGUAUAUUUCCGAAUGGGAAUCAAGCAGUCAGAGAUUGUGAAAUCUAUGCUUUUCCGGAUUCCUCUGUUUGAUAUCAGAGCGAGGCACAUUUUUUUGGAGCGGCUGGGGAGGUACCAGACGCCCAGCAAGGAUGGGUAUACUCAGAUUGUGAACCCCAAACUUAGUGAUGUCCUUACUACCUCUGAAGAGCAGUACCUGAAUAAAGUAGCACAUAGCUCCAAGGAGGAGUUUGAGGUAUUCAAGAAAAUGCUGGCUUUGGAGGAUGACGCAAAACAGGAUCUGGAGGGUAUUAGUGAAGAUGAAGACUCUGAUGAUGAAUUCUCUGAGCACGAAGAUGAAAAUGACAGUGAGCCAGUUAACAAGCUGUAGAUCUACAGAUGUUGGGACAGUGAGAACAGCCAUUUGUACACUGUAUUUUGCAUUAAUGUCCACCUGCAGUCUGUAUUUCAUAUUAAAAGAUAACACCCUUAAGAAUUCUUCCAAAAUGUG